GACCAUUUGCCCACAAUCCAAUAUAUCUCUGAUGGGCUCAGUACGAUGACUGGACUCCACAACUAUAUAUAAAUUCUAGCUAAGCAACCCGAUAUAUGGGCGUAUUUGCCCUUCCCGUCCAGCUCAAUAAUGCAACGGUUGCACCUGAAUUAGUCAUUAGUCAUAUACUGGAUGUGCUCACCCUAGUCGAUACAUCCCUUCACUCUCACUCACCUAUUUCAUCACGCUACCUUGACACUCCAGGUCAAUCCUGCGUCAGUCUACGGCGUAUUUCGUUUCACCGUCAUGGUAACCUCACCCAAGCCCUUCAGCAUCGCUAUUAUCGGCGGCGGUAUCGGUGGUCUCACCCUCGCCAUCGGCCUACUAAAACAUAAUGUCCCCUUCACAAUCUACGAGUCAGCAUCUCAGUUCGGGGAAGUUGGUGCGGGGUUAGGAAUGAGCCCCAAUGGGGUAAGGGCGAUGGGCCUUAUCGACCACAGGAUCAAAGAGGGUUUUCUCCGGUGCAGGACUAACAAUCCGCACGCGAAGAUGCAGGACGUCCUGUACACGGUCCGAGUGGGUGACUUCAAGAACGCUAAUGAAAAUGGAAUGAUAUGGCAAAAGGGGGAUAGAUGCCUCAGGGUGGGAGAUGAAAUAUUUGAUGUUCCUGGCCUGCCGGAGCUGAGGGGAGCUUGUCAUCGGGCGCAUUUCCUGGAUGAGCUUGUGAGACUGGUUCCGGACUCUGUUGCACAGUUUAGGAAGAAAUUAGUUGACAUUACCGAGACUUCAGGGGAUGUGGUGCUUCAGUUUGCUGAUGGGACAAAUGCUCGGCACAGUGCGGUUGUGGGGUGUGAUGGUAUCAAGUCUCGAACCAGAGAGUUGAUUCUGGGACCUGCGUCUAAAGCCACUUUCACUGGAAAAUGUGCGUAUAGGGGCCUGGUACCCAUGGAGAAGGCGAUUGAAGUCCUGGGCGAGGACGAGGCGAGGAAUAGUCAGUUGUACAUGGGAUACCAUGGACAUAUCCUCACUUAUCCGAUACAGCUGGGCAGUACGUUGAACAUUGUGGCAUUCUGUAGCCGAGACUCUUGGACAAAUCCUAAGUGGGUCCUGCCAGCUUCCCAGGAACAAGUCCUCGCCGAUUACUCGACAUGGGGCCGGAAGACUAUACUCACGGCUCUGGAGAACCCCAACGUCUGGGCGUUGUUCGACCAUCCACCAGCUCGAACGUACUGCAGCGGACGCGUCUGUCUCCUCGGCGAUGCUGCGCAUGCGACCUCUCCACAUGAAGGGUCAGGUGCAGGCAUGGUGAUUGAGGAUGCAUAUAUUCUCAGCAGUCUGAUUGGGGGUAUUGGGGAUGCACAGGAUCUGGACUACGCGUUCAAAGCGUACGACGAAGUGAGACGGCCUCGGAUGCAGAAACUGGUUACGACUAGUAGGGACGCAGGGAUGAUUUAUGAUCUUGAGUUGUAUGGCGAUGACCUAGAAGCGAUCGAGCAGAAUGUGAUACACAGAUGUGAUUGGAUAUGGGGUGUAGAUCUGUCGGCUGAGAUGGAGCGAGCCAAGGGUAUUUGUAUAGAACUGCGUGGCCAUGGUAAGAGCCCUUGAAUAUCUUGGGCAUUGAUACUUCCAAAUCUCAGCAUUGCACAAGCCACGCGUCACAUACCAAAGUGGCUAGUGUCAGAC